AUAACGCUGAUUUUAGAGUGGUUUACUCCUCGCUUCUUCCAGUGCAAAAAUAACAUAAUUUUCUUAAGAUAACGUUUAAAACUCAGCACGAGUUAAAGUGCAUCGAUGUUGAUAAGUAUUUCAGUCAGUUUUAAUUAUUAUUUGGAGCUCAUCAGAGACGCCCGUCAGUCAAAAUGUUCCACAUUGUAUAGAUUGAUGCGGUUAUCAAUAUAAAACGACACAAGUCGUCUUCCUGUUUGACAAUUAGAUAUUGUAAUUAGAACGUUAUUUUGUGCUUUGCCAGUGGCUUGUUUGUUGUUUUUCAACUAUGUUGCGAUUAAAAAAUCAGUUGCCAUGGACGGCAGUCCUAAGCCUACUUCUAUGCAUUGGAGACCUGGAAGCGCUGACCUUCCAAAGGGCAACUUCAGACCCGACAAAAUGUUCCUAUGGAGAAAGAGGAUCGUUAACAGCGACUUGCGUCAACGCAAACCCAAGUUAUUUUAAAGCCACCCAGUACAGAUUCGAUCAGCUCGACGAGACGUUACGCUGCUUGAACUGCACUCUAACCACAUUGGAAUCGGGUACCUUCGAUUUGUCUGGAAACCAGAUCAAAUUUUUGGACUUAAGGAACAGCUCCGUUCAAAGCGUGAAACCAAAAGCGUUCGUGGGGCUUAUCUUCAUGGAACAUUUAAGUCUCGGUAACAACGAGAUAUCGAAUAUUUUUCCCGGCUCAUUUUCUGGUGUGAAAAAAAUCAAAACUCUGGACUUGGAUAACAACAAAAUCAACAGUUUGUCGGAUGGCGGUUUCACUGAACUGAUUAAUCUCGAGAAGCUCCAACUUCAAAACAACCAAAUUGCUUUCAUGCCCACAAAAGCCUUCACGGGGCUCAACAACUUAGUGGAACUUAACUUGCAAAACAAUAGAAUAUCCAACGUGAGUGCGUUCAGUGCCAACUUGACCAACCUAAAGGUCCUAAACCUUAGAGAAAACCUGAUCACUUCGUUGAUGGGUCAGGAAUUCUACAACUUAACUUCGUUGAGGCUGUUAGACCUGGCUUGGAAUAAAAUAACCAUCCCGUCUAUAAGUAUUAACCCAGAACCUUCUGGAAACUCUUUAGUCAACCUUGAUUUAUCCCACAAUCAAAUCAACAAAUUGAAUCCUGAUAUUUUCGGAACCUUGCAAAACUUGGAAAAUUUGGAUUUGUCUUUUAAUAAUAUUGCUGAAGUGCCGCAAAAAACCUUGCAAAGCUUGCACAACCUGAGAAACCUAAACAUAUCAUCGAACAAGCUGACUGUAUUCCAGACCGGGUUGUACUCCGGUUUACCGCAGUUAAGAGUAUUAAAUUUCUCUCACAACGCAUUGGAAGACGUGGAAAUCACGGGCGUAUUCACCUUGCAUUCACUGCACGCUCUGGAUUUAUCCUACAAUAACUUGAACGAUUUGGACUACAUUGCGCUGAUCUCUAGAUUACCUCGUUUAAACUACUUGCAACUGCAAAACAACGUUUUACCUUGCGAUUUGGAGAAAGAAAUGGAGAUAUUUUUCUCGGAAGAUAACUUUAAGUACGUUUUGUAUGGCGAUAACCCUGGUGACGUAAAAUGCGUUAACGUCGAGGUAAAAAAGAGGACGUUCAAAGAAGUGGCCGACAGUUUGGUGAGGGAAGCGUCGAACGGAGGGAGUAGGACGGCGGAGAUUUGGAUCUUCGUCUUGAUUUCCAUCAUGAUGAUUUUGAUCGGAACUUUGUUCUUUAUGGAAUACAGAACGUUUCAAGCGCUGAGGUACAAAUCGGGCGAUGGCAGAUCGAUGUCAAGAGUUAAUUUAGUAGUAACCGAUUCGGAAAACAUCCCCGACAACGAUUUCUUGAAGGAAUAAUUAAUUAAUUUAAUACAUUGUAUUAUAAGUUUUUAUACGAUAGCAUUUUAUUGAUGAAUAAAGUUUAUUUUUAAGU